AUAUUCAAUGCUCACCAAGAUCAUACCGAAGUUGAACCCUUUUUGGCUUGAGGGAUAGGGGACUAGCAUGCAUGAGUUAUGGCCUGUGCAAGAACUAAGCCACUGAGUAUAAAAAUGAAUUCAGGGCGAUAGAUGGAGAAGUCUCGCCUGUCACGCUCUUUUUUCCUGCAACUGCAUGGUAUACCUCUAUUCGCGAACGCUUAAUUCUACUCCAAGUAGUCAAGCUGCACGUAAUACCAGUAUUGUACGUGGAACUGGCAGCGGAAGUGGACAUGGACGUGGACGUGGACGUGGUCGCGGUCGCGGUCGAGGACAGACUGGCAGCCAAACCGUGUCGAGUGUGCCUAGGGUGGUCGUUCCGCCAUCCCAUAUUACGACAAAGUCAUCAGAAUCGAACGAGUCAACAUCAUCUGUAUCCUCAACCACAGUCAAUGACGGCAUUACGAUUAUCACACCAAAGAGAGGACCUGGACGACCGCGCAAGCUCCAAUCAACGGACACAGCUGGAGCAGGCAGUUAUGUAAGCAGUAAUGUCGCUAGCCAACAUCGUCUGAAACGCACAGCAAGCGACGGAACGGAGAAUACCAAAGCGUCAUCGUCGAAGCGGUUGCGAACUUACGAGGCGAUUGCUCCGAAAGCACAUCCAAGUAGUCCCUCCAUAGUUGCAUCGUCAACAAACGAGUCCGAUGUCACGGCCGAAGGACCUACGGCGAUACCUAUCAAACGUAAACGAGGACGACCGCCGAAACACCCAACAGUGGUCAACGUUGAGGAUGAUAGUUAUUCCGCCACAUCGACACCUACAGAUACGACAACAAGAACUGACAGUACUGUUAAACGUAAACGAGGACGGCCGCCAAAAGCAAAGGUGAAGCAUGUUGCCUUUACCGUACCAGAGGGCUCAACCUCGAAUCCUGCACCUAAUGCACCAACUGUCAAACGAGGCCCAGGUAGACCGCGUAAGACACACGCUAACAUUUAUACUAUCUCGUCCGACGACUCCGAGGACUCUUCACCUGAGACUUCUAUUGGACCAACUGCCAAACGAGGCAAAGGUAGACCGCGUAAAAUGCCCGCUGCCGUACAUACUACCUUUUCUGAUGAUUCCAGGGACUCCUCACCUGAGCCUUCUACUGCAACGACUGCCAAACGAGGCCCAGGUCGACCGCGUAAGACGCCCACUGUCUCCUCCGAAGAUACCAGAAACACCUCGUCGGAGUCAACCUCAAAUACUGUCAAACGUGGCCCAGGUCGACCUCCUAAAGCUCACAAAAAUGUACCUAUUGUAAUUGAUGAAAGUGGUUCUACUGAAGAAAAUCCCGAAACAUCAACGCGCCGGAUAUCAUCCAAGAAAUUGAAGAAAACGAGAACGACGACAAGUCAUCCAACAUCAUCCUCAGCAGCCACCAACGUCCAUGCAGCGAAAUCAAAGAAAUUAAAGGUUCGAAGAUUAUCCACCGACGGAAAAUCCAAGACGCUUUUGAAAAAGGUUCCCUUACUAGGUAAUAAUGAAACACUAUGUCAGCUGUGAGGAGGGAAAUAAAAAAGGCUAACCAAUGACGCACUAUCUAGUAUCAUCCUAUUCCCUGCUGCAUGUCAUUGAGGGACAUUCAUCCACCGGUCCUGCCGAGAAGCAAAAGGAGGAUAACGACAGCCAUAACGAUAUUUGGGCGUGCGAAUUUGAGCCCAAGGGGCCAGACGAUACAAUGACCAGCGAUAUCAUGGCUUUAUGUGGCGCUAACAACGUCCUUAU